CUCCCGCGGAGAGACUGCACGGGACUUGGCACCGACUCUCUAAGUGCUCGUUAUUUGUUGUUCUUCCAGACACGGCGAGACUCGGCCAUCGCUGGCACCUACCGGCGUGCUCCGGACCUUGCACUAAUGGCGCCCCCGCCCACCUUCCCUCGGGAGUUGCGCGGAGCAGUCAGAAAUCGGAGCUCCCCAGAAGCCGGCUUCCCGCGUUACGCCCCCCUCUCCCGUUUUCGCCCCUCGCCGGGUCUCUGCGGGCACCUGAAGGCUCCACGUGGCCAGCGGCUGGGCACAUGGAGUUCGAGGGAGCUCGGGAGGAAACACUCCAAUUCCAGGGGCCCACUCUGCUCCCUGCGUGUGGCAGAUGCCCUCUCUAGUGCCUCUUGUCAGGAACUGACUGUGCAGCCACCGAGUCACAAAGAGCGAGGCCCCAGGGAGGCGCCCUGGGGUGGGGUCCGGCCCGAGUGACGCCCCCAGUCACUUCACAAGGCAGAAAUUGUUACCCAGGUGAUACAAGUCGCGGUGCCGGCGGGGUCUGUGGAGUGGGCACAUGGGGGCGCGGGGGUGUAGGUGCCGACCGCCAUGGGUUAGGCCCGAAAUUGGAGUCCGGCCGCCCCCCGACAGCAGCCGCCUCCUGCUCCCCGCGCGCCCCCGGGCGCCACCAUGUCGGGUGACAAGCUCCUGAGCGAACUCGGCUAUAAGCUGGGCCGCACGAUCGGCGAAGGCAGCUACUCCAAAGUGAAGGUAGCAACUUCCAAGAAGUACAAGGGUACGGUGGCCAUCAAGGUGGUGGACCGGCGACGCGCGCCUCCGGACUUCGUCAACAAGUUCCUGCCGCGGGAGCUGUCCAUCCUGCGCGGCGUGCGGCACCCGCACAUCGUGCACGUCUUCGAGUUCAUCGAGGUGUGCAACGGGAAGCUGUACAUCGUCAUGGAGGCGGCCGCCACGGACCUGCUGCAAGCCGUGCAGCGCAACGGGCGCAUCCCCGGGGCGCAGGCGCGCGACCUCUUUGCGCAGAUCGCGGGCGCCGUGCGCUACCUGCACGACCACCACCUGGUGCACCGCGACCUCAAGUGCGAGAAUGUGCUGCUGAGCCCCGACGAGCGCCGCGUCAAGCUCACCGACUUUGGCUUCGGCCGCCAAGCACACGGUUACCCGGACCUGAGCACCACCUACUGCGGCUCGGCCGCUUAUGCGUCGCCUGAGGUGCUGCUGGGCAUCCCCUACGACCCCAAAAAGUACGACGUGUGGAGUAUGGGCGUUGUGCUCUACGUCAUGGUCACCGGGUGCAUGCCCUUUGACGACUCAGACAUUGCCGGCCUGCCCAGGCGACAGAAGCGCGGCGUGCUCUACCCUGAGGGCUUCGAGCUGCCCGAGCGCUGCAAGGCCCUGAUCACCGAGCUGCUUCAGUUCAGCCCCUCCGCCAGACCCUCGGCGGGCCAGGUAGUGCGCAACAGCUGGCUGCGCUCCGGGGACUCGGGCUAGGAGCCGGGGUUCCAAGGCUGCACCGAGCCAGCCCGCCCCGCGCCGACAGGAAGAGGGCGUCCCAGGGAACUGGCGGGUGCGCCUCGGCGCGCCACUGCGCACGCGCGCUCUCAUUCCCCCCCCCCGAGCCUCAGUUACCCCCUACCCCUCCUCAACCUACCCCUCCCAUGGACCCUAGUUCCUCCAUGAGAGCUGAAAGCGCAUGUGCAUUCUCGCUCCGGAGGGGCAGGAGACGGAGUCUCACGCCUGAGGGGAAGGAGCGACAGCUCGGCAACCGUGGUGGCUGCGUGGAGACGUUGCGGACACGCAGAGGCCGCCCUCCCUAGCCAGCUACGGUGCCAGGUUUCCAACUGGAACCUGCAAUAAACUCGCUCUUCCUCGCA